AUGUCAGGCCUUGAAGUUGCGGGUUUGGUUCUUGGGGCGUUUCCCGUUGCAUUAGAGAUCCUCGACAAAUACAAAGAAGUAGCUAGACGUUUCGGAUUCUGGUACAAGAUUGCAGCGGAGCACAGGAACUGCGACUCGCAGCUCAAAUUCCACCGAUUCGUAUACAUAGACAACUUGAAGAAGUUGCUACUCCCAUUAGCAGGGCUCGACGACACGCAUAUCGAUGAGUUAUUGCAAGAUCCCGGGGGCAAGGCUUGGAGCGAAGCUAGGACUGCGGAGCAACUUAAGCAACGCCUUGGAGACUCACACGAGAUAUACAUGCAAUUCAUGAACGAGUUCCAAGAAUGGUUGCAUGCGAUUAGAACUAAGUUGGCUUUUGAUCCAGAGACGAAACAGCAGUCUCGAGAAUCUUUGUCCGCAGAAGCGAAUAGGACUCGGUCUCGAACUGAGAUGCUCAAGGACCGGGGAAAAUGGCAGUUUUACCGAAUCAAAUUCAGUCAGGAAGAGAAGGAGCGAAGUGAGAUCUUCGCCAAGCUUCAAAGCUGCAAUGAUCGGCUCAAGACAUUGCUGCAGAUCAGCGAGGACGAUGCCGAGCUAGCCCGAGAAAGAGCCUCAACAAGGAAGAAUGAGCCCAGUUCGUUGUGUCACUUUUGGCGACAGGCUGGUAGUGUUUUCACGGCACUUUCAAUGGUGUGGAACUCCACGGAAGGCGACUUUUCCUUGUUGUACAAUAAGAGUGCUCAGAGGCCCCGAGAGGCACGGAGGAUCAAAAUAACAGCAAAUGGCGCAGAUCUCGACAAUUCGGCUGCUAUCAAGUUACGCCCGCACAAGCCAAGUGUGGGGGCUUAUGCUCCAAGUCAUCGAACCUCCAUUCCCAGGAGAUCAGCCAUGAGGGCAAGCAGCGUACUCAGCACCGGUGAAUUCAGGUCACGAUUCUCAGUCACUAUCACACAAGUUGAGAACUCGUCGACUCAAGGACCCGCGUUCGCGCCUAGCACCAACCCAAUAACCGACCUCUGUCUGUCAUUGGAAUCUUCUAUUGGCCAAUUUUGUGGGUUCAUCGACGACAAUGACUAUCGCUACUAUGUCUACCAGGACAUUGCGGUCCCCGGCCGGUCAAACACACCCAAAAUGAUCACGCUUGACCAGCUCCUGCGACAGGAUGGUUUCCCCAUACCGAAGAGAAGGCAAAGAGUUGCUUUAGCUUUCAUUCUAUCAUCGUCUUUCCUCCAGUUGCUGGAGACACCAUGGCUGCCAGCCUCUUGGCAGAAGUCAGAUAUCGUGUUCUUCGACGAUCCGGAUAAUCCUGGCGUUUUUAAGCUAGACGAGCCUCACCUCAGAAUUUCUCUGGAAAGCAAGACAGAAUCCAGUCAUCCAGAUUACGAUUGCUCCAGUGUUUCUUCCAAUUACUGGCAAAUCACACUGCAUCCAACGAAAGCAGACGCCCGCCACGAACAGGUGUCGGAUGCGUGCAGUUACACGUACAUGCGCUGUAUAGGGCCAAAGAACAGUCGCACCGGUGACCGGGGACAACGUCGCAUCGACAGUGCUGGUGGAGCCGUCAUCGACACGAUACCUCGCGGUCUGCAGGCGGCCCUGCAGCAGCAGGAAAGGCUAGCGCAGGUGAGGCAGCUCAAGGUAUGGGCAUCAAGUGUUGACGAGUACCUCACCGCAAGCAACAUAGUCAUGGACACAUCGUCUGGAGCCGAGAUUCAGCUGCGACAGCGUCAGCGUUCUGAUCUUCCGAGACUUCACGAUAUCAUAACGGCCGUAUACGAACAGACCGGCUACCCUGUGGACGGACCUUCCUGCUUCGAGGACUUUCUGGAUCCUCCUUCAGACCAGGUUCUCUACACGAUCACGGCAGUGCUUAAACCUACCGUCCCAGAAACAGAAAAUGAACAACCCAUCGCCGGUCAUGCAAUGAUCAUGUCGCCAAGCUCUGGGGCUUUGAACCUGGCGUCUAAAGUGCACCUGCAGCGAGGUGGGACGAUGGAAAACCAUGCAGUCUUGAGCCGGUUCUUUGUUAAUCCAGCUGUCCAGGCAAGGGGUAUUGGAUCCAAGAUGCUAGAGGAGGUGACUGCGUGGGGUAGACGGGAAAGGAAACGCCUCGUCCUCAUUGUGCUCGAGAAGGACGAAGGCGCUAUCAGGCUGUAUGACCGGGCGGGAUGGGUAAGGGUUGGUGAGUAUGUCUUCACUAGUAAAUGGGGAACUGGAUACAAUGCGAUCGCCUAUCUGGGGCCGCAGUGA